AUGAAGAAUUUGAAAGUUCUAUAUCUGACCUAUUGCCGUAACUUGGAGAGAACCCCUUACUUCUCCACUGAUUCAAAUUUAGAACGUUUGAUCCUAUCAGACUGUUUACGUUUAAUCGAAAUUGAUAGAUCAAUUUAUCAGUUAAAACGCUUGGUUUUUUUAGAUGUAAGCAAUUGUAGGCAGCUUCAGAGGCUUCCAGAGACAAUUGGGAAUUUGGAAUCACUAACUAAGUUGGACAUAAGUAGCACGAAGAUCGAAGUGCUACCUAAUUCCAUUGUAAAGUUAAAGAAUUUGAAAGUAUUGAAAAUGCAGGCAGGUGAGAUAAGCAAACUACCUGAUAGCUUUUGGGCGAUGGAGAAGCUCGAAGAAAUAGAAAUUGUCGGGAAGAGAUAUCCUGGUGAGCAUUUCAACAUGGAAAUUGGCGAUUGCAUCUAUGGGAAUAAAUCUCUAAGGAUCCUGAGAUUGAUUGGGUGGAAAAUACACGCCCUACCGAUGCUUUGUGAAAGUCUUAUCAUAUUAGAACUGCAGGACUUGCACAUGGACACGUUUCCGGAUGUCUCAAAUCUCACUAAGUUAAAGCUAUUGCAUCUGGAGUUUGGCCCACCUAAUUCUGAUGGGAAUUCUGAUGGGCUUCUGGAAGAACCGAUACCACAGUGGAUUGGUAACUUUAGCCAAUUGGAGUGUCUGCAGCUGCGCUUUUUUGGGGUGACUGCCUCGUCGACAGACCUCAGCCUUCCUCCUCAUCCGCGUCGCCUCCCGAGGCUUCCCUCAAGUUUAUCCUCCUUACUUGUGCAAGGUUGGGAGCAACUUUGCUUGAUGGAUCUAUCGAAUUUGAGGAAACUAUCAUCUCUCUCGAUUUUGGGCUCUGCAGUUACAGAGAUUCAAGGCCUUGGUUGCUUGGAGAACCUGCGAGAUUUGGACCUUGAUGGGCUCGGACUGCUGGCGAUGCUACCUGAUCUAAGAAAGUUAAACAAGCUAAGGAUUAUUCGAGUAAUUGAUUGUGGUUAUCUGGUUGAGAUUCAAGGCGAACUACCGCGGUUUUUGGAUGAACUUAAUAUUGAUUCCUGCCCUUCGUUACUGGAGUUGCCCGAUCUGUUCAGCUUAAUGGGUAAGACAGUUGUUCGUAUACAUGAGUGCGGUCAGGCUCUUAGUCAUGCUUUCAUGGAUCGACAUCAGUUGCUGCUUUUGGGCUUUAAACAGCUGCAGAUCCUACCCGAUCUAAGCAAUUUGAACGAACUAACAUUUCUUCAAGUAGAAAACUGUGGUAAUCUGGUUAUGAUUCAAGGCGAACUACCCCAAUCUUUGGAAGAAUUGCACAUUGUAUCCUGUGGAUCUUUACAGAAGUUGCCUGAUCUGUCAACCUUGAAGGGACUACGAAAGGUUAUAAUAAAACGUUGCGGGAAAUUAGAUGUGGAGGAAAUUUCUUGGCUUUGCUCAGAGAAGUCGGUCGAAUUUGUGGGAGAAGACGAUGAUAGCAUGUUCGACUGGGUAUCUUUUUGA